AUGGUGCAAGUUACACGCGCAUUGUGCAAGAAAAGAGUUAAAGGUCUCAUCAAAGAAAUGAAAUUGAGGCCUUACAUUUCCAAUACUGGCAGUAAUGUUGGCAAUGCUACGUGCCUUCAUGAAAUGGCUGCGUUAAUGACGUGUUGGAAGGAGAAUGAGUUUCAAGAUAGUGCUUGUGGAAAGGAAAUUACAGCAUUCAUGGCAUGUACGAACCAAGUUGCAGCUCAACAAAGUAAGGAGAAAGAGAUGACUACUGACGCCAGCUCAAAGAACACUGCAGAGGUCAUUAAUUCUGUUUUAAGGCGCUACGAUAAACGCACUCAAAGAAGUGAGACAGCUAAUGAAUUGUAUCGACCUUAUCUGAAUUAA